AUGGCAGGGCUGCAUCCCAUCCCAUGGACCAUGGUGCUUUUGGCAGCUCUGCUAAGCAUCAGCCUUCCUGGGGGCAUGGCCAAUCGAUGCAAGAAGGCUCAGGUGAAGAGCUGCACUGAGUGCAUCCGAGUGGACAAGGACUGUGCCUACUGUGCAGAUGAGAUGUUCAAGGAGCGACGUUGCAACACCCAAAAGGAGCUGCUGGCCGCGGGCUGCCGGCUGGAGAGUGUGGUGGUCAUGGAAAGCAGCCUAGAGAUCACAGAGGCCACACAGAUCGACACCGCCUUGCGCCGUAGCCAGGUGUACCCCCAGCGCCUGCAAGCGCGGCUGCGGCCUGGUGAAGAGCGGCACUUUGAGUUUGAGGUGUUCGAGCCUCUGGAGAGCCCCGUGGAUCUCUAUAUCCUCAUGGACUUCUCCAACUCCAUGUCUGAUGAUCUGGACAAUCUCAAACAGAUGGGCCAGAACCUAGCCAAGAUCCUGAGACAGCUCACCAGUGAUUACACUAUUGGAUUUGGCAAGUUUGUGGACAAAGUCAGCGUCCCUCAGACAGACAUGAGACCUGAAAAGCUGAAGGAGCCAUGGCCCAACAGUGACCCUCCCUUCUCCUUCAAGAAUGUCAUCAGCCUGACAGAUGAUGUGAAGGAAUUCUGGGAUAAACUGCAAGGAGAGCGGAUCUCAGGCAACCUGGACGCUCCCGAGGGCGGCUUUGACGCCAUCCUGCAGACAGCCGUGUGCACAAGGGCCAUUGGCUGGCGCCCAGAUAGCACCCACCUGCUGGUGUUCUCCACUGAGUCUGCCUUCCACUAUGAGGCUGAUGGUGCCAACGUGCUGGCUGGCAUCAUGAACCGCAAUGAUGAGAAAUGCCAUCUGGAUGACACGGGCACCUACAUCCAGUACAAGACCCAGGACUACCCAUCAGUGCCCACGCUUGUGCGCCUGCUCGCCAAGCACAACAUUAUCCCCAUCUUUGCCGUCACCAACUACUCCUACAGCUACUAUGAGAAGCUUCAUACAUAUUUCCCGGUCUCCUCGCUGGGGGUGCUGCAGGAGGACUCAUCCAACAUCGUGGACCUGCUGGAGGAGGCCUUCUACCGCAUUCGCUCCAACCUGGAUAUCCGGGCAUUGGACAGCCCCCGAGGCCUGCGGACAGAGGUCACCUCUAAGAUGUUCCAAAAGACCAAGACCGGGUCCUUUCACAUCAGGAGGGGGGAAGUGGGCACGUACGACGUGCAGCUGCGGGCCGUGGAAGACGUGGAUGGCACACACGUGUGCCAGCUGGCAGACGACGACCAGAGGGGCAACAUCCACCUAAAGCCCUCCUUCUCUGACGGCCUCCAGAUGGACGUGGACAUCAUCUGUGAUGUGUGCGCCUGUGAGCUGCAAAAAGAAGUGCGAUCCGCUCGCUGCCACUUUCAAGGAGACUUCAUGUGCGGACAUUGCGUGUGCAAUGAGGGCUGGAGCGGCAAGACUUGCAACUGCUCCACGGGCUCACUGAGCGACACGCAGCCCUGUCUGCGGGAGGGCGAGGACAGGCCGUGCUCGGGCCGAGGAGAGUGCCAGUGCGGCCGCUGUGUGUGCUACGGCGAAGGCCGCUACGAGGGCCACUUCUGCGAGUAUGACAACUUCCAGUGUCCCCGCACCUCCGGCUUCCUCUGCAAUGACCGGGGACGUUGCUCCAUGGGCCAGUGUGUGUGUGAGCCUGGCUGGACAGGCGCAAGCUGUGACUGUCCCCUUAGUAACGCCACGUGCAUUGACAGUAAUGGGGGCAUCUGUAAUGGACGAGGCUACUGUGAGUGUGGCCGCUGCCACUGCAACCAGCAGUCGCUCUACACGGACACCACCUGCGAGAUCAACUACUCCGCGAUCCGCCUGGGCCUCUGCGAGGAUCUGCGCUCCUGCGUACAGUGCCAGGCCUGGGGCACUGGGGAGAAGAAGGGGCGCACAUGCCAGGAGUGUAGCUUCAAGGUCAAGAUGGUAGAUGAGCUUAAGAAAGCAGAGGAGGUGGUGGAGUACUGCUCGUUCCGAGAUGAGGAUGAUGACUGCACGUACAGCUACACGGUGGAAGGCGACGGGAGCCCAGGCCCCAACAGCACGGUCCUGGUCCACAGGAAGAAGGACUGUCCCCCUGGCUUCUUCUGGGGCCUCAUCCUCCCUCUCAUCUUGCUCCUGCCGCUCUUGGCACUGCUGCUGCUGCUCUGCUGGAAGUACUGUGCCUGCUGCAAGGCCUGCCUGGCACUUCUCCCUUGCUGUAACCGAGGCCACAUGGUGGGCUUUAAGGAAGACCACUACAUGCUGCGGGAGAACCUCAUGGCCUCAGACCACCUGGACACGCCCAUGCUGCGCAGCGGGAACCUGAAGGGGCGGGACACAGUCCGCUGGAAGAUCACCAACAACGUGCAGCGGCCUGGCUUUGCCACGCACGCCGCCAGCUCCAACCCCGCAGAGCUGGUGCCCUACGGACUGUCCCUGCGCCUCACUCGCCUCUGCACAGAGAACCUGAUGAAGCCUGGCACCCGAGAGUGUGACCAGCUGCGCCGGGAGGUGGAGGAGAAUCUGAAUGAAGUGUACAGGCAAGUUUCAGGCGCACAAAAGCUCCAGCAGACCAAGUUCCGGCAGCAGCCAAAUGCCGGAAAAAAGCAAGACCACACCAUUGUGGACACGGUCCUGAUGGCUCCUCGCUCAGCCAAGCAAACCCUGCUGAAACUGACAGAGAAGCAGGUGGAGCAGCGAGCCUUCCACGAGCUCAAGGUGGCCCCCGGCUACUACACCCUCACCGCAGAGCAAGACGCCCGGGGCAUGGUGGAGUUCCAGGAGGGGGUGGAGCUGGUGGACGUGCGGGUGCCCCUCUUCAUCCGGCCUGAGGAUGACGAUGAGAAGCAGCUGCUGGUGGAGGCCAUCGAUGUCCCCGUGGGCACGGCCACCCUCGGUCGCCGCCUGGUAAACAUCACCAUCAUCAAGGAGCAAGCCAGCGGAGUGGUAUCCUUUGAGCGACCCGAGUACUCGGUCAGCCGCGGAGAGCAGGUGGCCCGCAUCCCCGUCACCCGGCGCAUCCUGGACAACGGCAAAUCCCAGGUGUCCUACCGCACCCAGGACAGCACGGCUCAGGGGAACCGGGACUAUGUCCCUAUGGAGGGUGAGCUGCUCUUCCACCCCGGGGAGACCUGGAAGGAGCUUCAGGUGAAGCUCUUGGAGCUGCAGGAAGUCGACUCUCUCCUGCGAGGCCGCCAGAUCCGCCAGUUCCACAUCCAGCUCAGCAACCCCAAAUUUGGAGCCCGCCUGGGCCAACCCCACGUAGCCACUGUCAUCAUUGGAGAGAGAGAUGAACUGGACCGCAACUUCAUAAGUCAGACGCUGUCGUCACUGCCGCCCUCUGGAGGUGACCCGGGCGCUCCCCAGAAUCCCAACGCCAAGGCCGCCGGGUCCAGGAAGAUCCAUUUCAACUGGCUGCCCCCUCCUGGCAAGCCUUUGGGGUACCGGGUGAAGUACUGGAUCCAGGGUGACCCCGAGUCAGAAGCCCACCUGAUCGACAGCAAGGUGCCCUCGGUGGAGCUCACCAACUUGUACCCCUACUGCGACUAUGAGAUGAGGGUGUGUGCUUACGGGUCUCAGGGUGAGGGGCCCUACAGCACCCUGGUGUCCUGCCGCACCCACCAGGAAGUGCCCAGCGAGCCGGGGCGUCUGGCCUUCAACGUGGUGUCUUCCACGGUGACCCAGCUCAGCUGGGCCGAGCCUGCUGAGACCAAUGGCGACAUCACAGCCUACGAGGUCUGCUAUGGCCUGGUCAACGAGGACAACCGACCCAUAGGGCCCAUGAAGAAGGUGCUGGUGGACAACCCCAAGAAACGGAUGCUGCUCAUUGAGAACUUGCGAGAAUCUCAGCCAUACCGCUACACGGUGAAGGCGCGCAACGGGGCAGGCUGGGGGCCCGAGCGGGAGGCCAUCAUCAACCUGGCCACUCAGCCCAAGAGGCCCAUGUCCAUCCCCAUCAUCCCAGACAUCCCCAUCGUGGACGCCCAGGGCGGGGAAGACUACGAGAACUACCUCAUGUACAGCGACGAUGUGCUGCGCUCCCCAGCCAGCAGCCAGAGGCCCAGCGUCUCCGAUGACACUGGCGGCGGCGGCAGCGGCUGGAAGCUGGAGCCCCUGCCGGGGGAGGAGCUGGACCUGCGGCGCGUCACGUGGCGGCUGCCCCCGGAGCUCAUCCCGCGCCUGUCGGCCAGCAGCGGGCGCUCGGACGACGAAGGCGCCACGGGCAGCAGGGACCCUGAGGGCGGAGGGGGGCGCUGCACGACGCCCAGGCCUCCCGGAGAGCACCUGGUGAACGGCCGGAUGGACUUCGCCUUCCCUGGCAGUGCCAACUCCCUGCACAGGAUGACGGCAGCCAACGCCGCCUACGGCACCCACCUGAGUCCACACCUGUCUCACCGUAUGCUGAGCACAUCCUCCACCCUCACCCGAGACUACCACUCGCUGACCCGCACUGAACACUCGGCCACGCUGCCCCGGGACUACUCCACACUCACCUCCCUGUCCUCCCAGGGCCUCCCUCCCAUCUGGGAAGAAGGGAGGAGCAGGCUCCCGCUGUCCUGGGCGCUGGGGUCCUGGAGUCGAGCUCAGAGGAAGGGGCUCUCCCCCUCCAGGGGCUCCCAAGACUCUAUAAUCCUGGCUGGGCAGUCAGCAGUGCCCUCCUGGCACCCAGACUCUAGGGCAGCCGCGGUGGGCGGAGCAGCCGCGGUGGGCGGAGCAGCCGCGGUGGGCGUGCCCGACACACCCACACGCUUGGUGUUCUCAGCCCUGGGGCCGACAUCUCUGAAAGUGAGCUGGCAGGAGCCCCAGAGCGAGCGCAUGCUGCUGGGCUACAGCGUGGAGUACCAGCUGCUGAACGGCGGUGACCUGUACCGACUCAACAUCCCCAACCCGGGCCAAACUUCAGUGGUGGUGGAAGACCUCCUGCCCAACCACUCCUACGUGUUCCGAGUACGAGCUCAGAGCCAGGAGGGCUGGGGCCGGGAGCGCGAGGGUGUGAUCACCAUCGAAUCCCAGGUGCAUCCUCAGAGCCCUCUGUGCCCCCUGCCAGGUUCUGCCUUCACCCUGAGCACCCCCAGCGCCCCGGGCCCGCUGGUGUUCACAGCCCUCAGCCCCGACUCGCUGCAGCUGAGCUGGGAGCGGCCACGGAGGCCCAAUGGAGAUAUCCUGGGCUACCUGGUGACCUGUGAGAUGGCCCAGGGAGGAGGACCCGCCACCACCUUCCGGGUGGAUGGAGACAAUCUGGAGAGCCGGCUGACGGUGCCCGGCCUCAGCGAGAACGUGCCCUACAAGUUCAAGGUGCAGGCCCGGACAACAGAGGGCUUCGGGCCGGAGAGGGAGGGCAUCAUCACUAUUGAGUCCCAGGAUGGAGGCCCCUUCCCACAGCUGGGCAGCCACCCCGGGCUCUUGCAGCACCCGCUGCAGGGCGAGUUCAGCAGCAUCACCACCACGCACACCAGCACCACCGAGCCCUUCCUCAUGGAUGGACUGACACUGGGGUCACAGCGGCUGGAGGCGGGGGGUUCCCUCACCCGGCAUGUGACCCAGGAGUUUGUAAGCCGGACACUGACCACCAGUGGGACCCUCAACACCCAGGUGGACCAACAGUUCUUCCAAACCUGAUCCACCCAAUGUCCUCAGUGCCUUGGACCCUGGGGCCCCCUCCCUGCCUUUUCUCCCCACCCCACCCCCCGCAGCUACUUUACUCUUGGACCCCCAGUGGUCCAUCCAGCUGUAUGCUAAUCACAGAGGCAGAGGUGAGUCCUUUGAAAAUCAAUGAAGGGCCAGAGGACCUAGAAGGUUCUGGGCCCUUCUGGCUGCCCCCUGCCCUAGCAAAACCCCUUUGUAACCAAAGAGCUGGGACCAGCAGCACACCCAGGUUCCAGCCUUUGUGCUGCACUUAAUAAACCAC